GCUAGGAGGAUGACACAGGGUCCAAGAGGGAAGGAAGUUAUGAGGGGGGAGCUGUGAACCUGGCCAUCGGGGAGGAAAGGACAGACCUACCACCAGCCCCAGCCCAUCUUCUGCCCCCAUCCAAAGUCCUCACGGUUCCUUAACACCUCAGUUCAGGAACAUGCCUGGGUCCUUGGCAGCACUGCUCUGUCUUGGGCUGUGUUUGAGCCAGAGCAUCAUGGCACAGAGAGAAACACUCCCCAAACCUUCUUUGUGGGCUGUGCCUGGCACUGUGAUCCCCUGGGGGAAGUCUGUCAUGGUCCACUGCCAGGGCGCUGAUGGGGCUCACAGGUUCCUUCUGGAGAAGGAUGGGACCACAGAACUAAGAGAUAUGCUGGAAGUACCUGGGCCCUGGAGCGAGGCCGAGUUUUUCAUUGCAGACAUAGCAGCAGAGACGGCAGGUCGCUAUCGGUGUCGAUACCAGAGACAAGACCAUUGGUCAGAACUCAGUGACCCAUUGGAGCUGAUGGUCACAGGAUUGUACCCCAAACCCUCCAUCUCGGCCAGUCCAGGCACCACCGUGGCUUUAGGACAGGAUGUGACCUUGCAUUGUGAGUCACAGCUCGGCUCUGACAAAUAUGUUCUCUAUAAGACAAGUGGAGCCAACGCGCCCCACUCACUGAUCUCUACUGAUUACCACGCCACCUUCCCAUUUCCCUCUGUGACUGACUCCCAUGGAGGCACAUACCUAUGCUACAGCUUUGAUAGUGAAUUCCCCUACCUCUGGUCAAUACCCAGUGAUACCUUGGUGCUCAAGAUUUCAGGAGGAUCUCCAGAAAAGCACUUGUUACAUGAGACUCCUAACUAUGAGUAUGUGUCUCCAUACUAUAACUUCAGAAGCCUCUGGCUGGUAGUGGUUGGUGUAACUUUGGCCAUCCUGGGGGCUCUGACGAAUGAAGCCUGGCGACACAGGGGGUCAGCCCAGCAGCAAGAAAAGAAACCUGUUGCCUUGCUUGAGGAGCCAGAAAAACAGACAGGAUUGGGAACAGAAGGACCUCUGGAAGAUCCCCUUAAGGGUCCCUAAGCCACAGAUGAAGUGAACCAAUAAAGAAUCUGGGAG